AUCAAUGAACAUUUAGGCAUGACUUCUAAGAACAAACCAGCAGUUGCUGUGUUAACUCUCUUUCUUCUUUACCCAGGGAAGGAGUAAGCUGUCCCUUCAACUCUCAGCCCCACUAAUCAAGGUUUCACUGAACUGCACUGAGCUCCCAGCUGGGGAUUCUGUCCCCUGCCUCUUGUACUGCACAUUGGAUCUGGUGACUCUCAAGAAAUGCUUGUCUCCUGCUGUUAAUAAAUAAUUUUGGAGUACUAUGGAUCAUGCUGAAGAAAAUGAAAUCCUUGCAGCAACCCAGAGGUACUAUGUGGAAAGGCCCAUCUUUAGUCAUCCAGUCCUCCAGGAAAGACUACACACGAAGGACAAGGUUUCGGAUUCCAUUGGUGAUAAACUGAAACAGGCAUUCACCUGUACUCCUAAAAAAAUAAGAAAUAUCAUUUAUAUGUUUCUGCCCAUAACUAAAUGGUUGCCAGCAUAUAAAUUCAAGGAGUAUGUGUUGGGUGAUUUGGUCUCAGGCAUAAGCACUGGAGUGCUUCAGCUUCCUCAAGGCUUAGCCUUCGCAAUGCUGGCAGCUGUGCCUCCAGUGUUCGGCCUGUACUCUUCAUUUUAUCCUGUUAUCAUGUACUGUUUUCUUGGAACCUCCAGACAUAUAUCCAUAGGUCCUUUUGCUGUUAUUAGCUUGAUGAUUGGUGGUGUGGCUGUUCGAUUAGUACCAGAUGAUAUAGUCAUUCCAGGAGGAGUAAAUGCAACCAAUGGUACAGAAGCCAGAGAUGCCUUGAGAGUAAAAGUUGCCAUGUCUGUGACCUUACUUUCAGGAAUCAUUCAGUUUUGCCUAGGUGUCUGUAGGUUUGGAUUUGUGGCCAUAUACCUCACAGAGCCUCUGGUCCGGGGGUUUACCACUGCGGCAGCUGUGCAUGUCUUCACGUCCAUGUUAAAAUACCUGUUUGGGGUUAAAACAAAGCGGUACAGUGGCAUCUUUUCAGUGGUGUAUAGUACAGUUGCUGUGUUGCAGAAUGUUAAAAACCUCAACGUGUGUUCCCUAGGCGUCGGGCUGAUGGUUUUUGGUUUGCUGUUGGGUGGAAAGGAGUUUAAUGAGAGAUUUAAAGAGAAACUGCCAGCACCCAUUCCUUUAGAGUUCUUUGCGGUGGUAAUGGGAACUGGCAUCUCAGCUGGAUUUAACUUGAAAGAAUCAUACAAUGUGGAUGUCGUUGGAACACUUCCUCUGGGGCUACUACCUCCAGCCAAUCCAGACACCAGCCUCUUCCACCUCGUGUAUGUGGAUGCCAUUGCCAUAGCCAUCGUUGGAUUUUCAGUGACCAUCUCAAUGGCCAAGACCUUGGCAAAUAAACAUGGCUACCAGGUCGAUGGCAAUCAGGAACUCAUUGCCCUGGGACUGUGCAAUUCCAUUGGCUCACUCUUCCAGACCUUUUCUAUCUCGUGCUCCUUGUCUCGAAGCCUUGUUCAGGAGGGAACCGGAGGGAAGACACAGCUUGCAGGUUGUUUGGCCUCAUUAAUGAUUCUGCUGGUCAUAUUAGCCACUGGAUUCCUCUUUGAAUCAUUACCCCAGGCUGUGCUGUCGGCCAUUGUGAUCGUCAACCUGAAGGGGAUGUUUAUGCAGUUCUCAGAUCUCCCCUUUUUCUGGAGAACCAGCAAGAUAGAGCUGACCAUCUGGCUCACCACGUUCGUGUCCUCCUUGUUCCUGGGAUUGGACUAUGGAUUGAUCACUGCUGUGAUCAUUGCUCUGCUCACUGUGAUUUACAGAACCCAGAGUCCAAGCUACAAAGUCCUGGGACAGCUUCCUGACACUGAUGUGUAUAUCGACAUAGAUGCAUAUGAGGAGGUGAAAGAAAUUCCUGGAAUUAAAAUAUUCCAAAUAAAUGCCCCCAUUUACUAUGCAAAUAGUGACUUAUAUAGCAACGCAUUAAAAAGAAAGACUGGAGUGAACCCAGCAGUCAUAAUGGGAGCCAGGAGAAAGGCCAUGAGGAAGUAUGCUAAGGAAGUCGGAAAUGCAAACAUGGCCAACGCAAUUAUGGUCAAGGCGGAUGCAGAAGUAGAUGGAGAGGAUGGAACUAAGCCUGAAGAAGAGGAUGAUGAAGUCAAAUAUCCCCCGAUAGUCAUCAAAAACACAUUUCCUGAAGAACUGCAGAGGUUUAUGCCCCCAGGGGAUAAUAUUCACACCAUCAUCCUGGAUUUUACUCAAGUCAAUUUUAUCGAUUCUGUGGGAGUGAAAACCCUGGCGGGGAUUGUAAAAGAAUAUGGAGACGUCAGUAUUUAUGUAUAUUUAGCAGGAUGCAGUGCGCAAGUUGUGAAUGAUCUCACUCGAAAUAGAUUUUUUGAAAAUCCUGCCUUAAAGGAGCUGCUAUUCUAUAGCAUCCAUGAUGCAGUUCUGGGCAGCCAAGUCCGAGAGGCACUUGCUGAACAAGAAGCCUCAGCUCCCCCUCCCCAGGAGGACUUGGAGCCCAAUGCCACUCCAACCACACCUGAAGCAUAGACGAGGACCUCGGCCUGGGAUGGAUGCCUCUCUUGAGAAAUUCCUACUUUGUACUUUGAAAUACUAGAACCUAGAUUUUUUUUUUCCCUAAGAGUAAUACUAGUAGUUAUGGCUUGAUUUGGAGGGUGAAUGAUGUGUAGCAUGAUGUAUCUACUUGUGUGUGUUUUUUAAAUUGAAUACU